AUGCUGUGCUGGCAGCAUCUCAUGCUGAAGUCAGUAGCUGACAUUGGAUACCUACAUCGCAUAACAGCCAAUCAGUAUAUAAAGGACGUUCCAGCCAGGAAUGAAACACGCGCCGAGAUAGGCAAGCGCGUCAAAGGGCUAUUGACACAAGUGGGCGCCAAAAAUAGGAAGCUAACGAAAUGGUGGGAGACCAAAAACCCGUCAAUUCAG